AUGGCGAGCUCCUUUGAAAAGUCGGUAAAGGGAGCUACCAAGAUUAAGCUUGCCCCUCCCAAGUCCAAGUAUGUCGAGCACAUCCUCGUAGCCACCCAUGCCGGCGAGGCGGGCGUCGCCGAAAUCUUUCGCGCCCUGUCGAACCGCCUGCGCGACUCGACUUGGACCAUCGUCUUCAAGUCGCUCAUUGUUAUACACCUUAUGAUACGGGAGGGCGAGCCCGAUGUUACCCUCAAGUAUCUAGCCCAGUCGCCUUCCCGGCGCCUCGCGAUCAAUAAUUUUACAGAGGUCCAGACUCAGGGUCGCAAUAUCCGGACCUACUCCGAGUACCUGUCGCAGCGAGCUACCGGCUUUGCCUCGACGCGAAUCGACUACGUGCGCAAUGGCGAGGGUCGUCUCAAGCGCCUGACCGUCGACAAAGGCCUGUUGCGCGAGACCGAGGAGCUGCAGGCCCAGAUCCACGCUCUGCUGCAGUGCGAUCCCCUCUCGCAAGAGGUGGAAAAUGAGAUUACCCUCACGGCUUUCCGCUUGCUCACUAUGGAUCUGCUCGCUCUCUUCCACGUCAUGAACGAGGGAACGAUCAAUGUCCUCGAGCGUUAUUUCGAGAUGUCGCAUACCGAUGCGGAACGCGCUCUCAAGAUCUACAAAACAUUUACCCGACAGACUGAAGCAGUAGUGCAGUACCUUAGCAUCGCGCGCCUGCAUGAGCAUUCAACUCGCCUUGAGAUUCCAAAAAUCAAACAUGCGCCGACGAGCCUGGCUAACUCGCUGGAGGAGUAUCUCAACGACAAGGACUUUGAAGUUAACCGGCGACAGUACCUUGCCCAGCAGGAUGCGAAGAGGGGCGGCAAACCCAAUGGUACCAGCAAGCCUCUCGGCGAUUCGAAGCCUGCAGCAAACGAGGACUUCCCGGACAGCAAGCCACAGCAAGCGAAGGGACCAGCUCCGGACUUGAUCGAUUUCUUCGAAUCUAUCGAGCAGAACCAGGAACCCAUGGCACAGCAAGCUCCGGGUUACCCGCAGCAGCAGAUGCAGUUCCCGCAGCAAACCGGUAUGAUGCCGCAGCCGACUGGUUUUGCGCCCCAACCCACCGGUUUCCCGCCCCAGCAGGACAUGUUCGGCGGCAACAAUCCCUUUGGACAGCCGCAACCACCGCAGCCAUUGCAACAGAGCUUUACGGGCGCUGGGUUUGGUGGCUACGGACCGCAGCCUCAGCAGCAGUUUGGUCAACAACCGAAUUUCCAACAGCCGCAGUUCACUGGUGCUCCUGCUGCUCAGCAGCUGCUCCCUCAACCUACUUCUACUAAUCCAUUCCGCGCGUCCAUGAUGAUGACUGGUGGAAGUAACCCAGGAACCCCCAACCGUACCUCUACAAACCCUUUUGCCAAGCACAACACCGCGCAAUCUACCGGAGGAUAUUCACCAUCUUUACCGUCUAUCAACACUCCGGAUUCUAUCUCCCAGCAGCCGCAGUCUCUUAUGCCGCAGGCCACUGGCAGCACAAACCCGUUUGCACGGCCCUCAACCGCUAACCCGUCGGGUCCCGGGCAGCCCGGCCUGAUGCCCAAUGUGACCGGCAGUACCAACCCAUUCCGGCAAAGUGCCUUUGUUAACCAGCAAACGGGCCAAGGCUGGCAGGCAGGACCUCAGCAGACGAUGGGUGGCUUGGAGCAACUGGAUACCAUUGCAAUCUUCCCUCGGCCUGGACAGCCUAAUCAAAGCCAGGCUCCGGGAUGGUCGUAA